AUGAAAUGGCGUCAGCGUGCUGAUCCGAUAAAGAAAUACUCACCACAAGAUCCAUCGGCGGAAUCUUCACCAAGCUCGGGCUUCUCGCUUUACGAGCAAGCAUAUCGUCGGUUUUGUUACGAUUUUGUCACCCCGUUCCCGGGAGCUUUGAGCAGGCUACCUCAGCUGCUGUUUGAGAGCACGCCUGACUCGUGUCUAUGCUCUGCGGUGGCUGCGGUGGCAUACGCCAAUUUCCGCAGCAGAUGUAAAUCCGAAGAAGCUAGGGAGCCGGCUGCUGUCUACUAUGGGAAAACAUUGCAAAAAUUUGCGGCUAUGAUGGCUGACCCGGUGGAAAUACAACGAAAAGAUAAUCUGAUGGUAAUCUUCCUUAUGAGCAUGUAUGAAAUGCUCACUUCAUCCACGCGCGAUGGGUCGUAUCUGGCUCAUAUGCAUGGCGCUCAGUCCGUUAUUGCACACCGAGACGGUUCUACUCUCCAGGACGGCAAUAAUCAUCUUGCACUGCUAUGUACACAUAUGAUAGUAUGGUACUUGACAGAUCUCAAAUCUCCACCCUUGCUCCUGGCUAGCUGGGUACAACAGAUCCCUUUCGAUUCGGCCCCCAAAAAGCGACUGACAUGCUUAAUAUCCACCACUGCGGCCAUUUGUGCCAGGCUAAAGGAGCAGUGCGGUACAGAAGAAAGCUUUGGGCACCAGUUUAACUCAGACCUCCAAGAAGCUCUGGAAAUCGACCACAAGCUUCAACAAUGGACCUUAGACUUACCAAUGGAACGGAAAUAUGCUGGAAGAAGCCCAAUGACUCACACAAAACGUGCGGAUUGGGCCAGAAAACUACUGACGAUGCCCGGCUCGCCUGAUCAUAUGCACGUUUACUCAACACCCUUAGCAGCAAGUGACUGGAACAUGUAUCGCGCCACCCGCAUCCGACUUUGGAUUCAGAUCUUAAAACUUGUACGUCGAAAUCAAUCUGUGAUCAAUGUCCCAGCGCUCGAGGAGCGAGGUCUCGACAUACUUGGCACAUUGACGGGUGAGAUCGCCGAGACAAUACCUUACUCAAUUACUCUUUCCCUGGAUGGCUCAACGGAUCCAAAAUCUCCAGAGGAUAUCCCCGGCAUGUUCGCAUACUCAAUUUUAUGGUCCACAUUUACAUGUUUCGUCUGCUACCAGAGUGGCCUACUGGAGAAAAAUGUACAUAUGCACCGCACCAUGUGGUUUGGGGCUAUGCUGCGUUUUUUACGCGAUACAACAGGUAUCGCCAAGGUAGAGGUUUUUUUAACAGAUAAGCAAUACCAAGCAUCAUAG